AUGAUUGGUGGGGAAGGGAAGAAAGCUAAGAUAUUGGACUUGGACAUGUUUGGCGCAGGGCAGCUGGUAUCCUCUCUCCUUCCUGCAGUUUUCCAUUCACCUGCAGCUCAUUUUUUUCCUGCCUUCCCAGCCAGACUGGGCUCUCAACCUCAGUUCCUGAUCCCGGGGCCUUUUAUCAGCUACGAAUCCCUGAGGAAUUAUCUGCAGCCAGAGCUAUGCAAGGAAGCUUUGCUCCUGGCCACACAGGCGGUCGGGAUUGGGCCACUCACAGAGAGCAUAGAUGAACAGAGGCCAGUGAAGCAGCGUCGUGCACGGGCCAACUACAGCAGCUGGCAGCUGGAGGAGCUGGAGAAGGCAUUCGAGACCACCCACUACCCGGACAUCUUCAUGAGGGAAGCCCUGGCCCUCAGACUGGACCUUAUUGAGGCCAGAGUCCAGGUUUGGUUUCAAAACCGCCGUGCAAAAAUGAGGCGGCAACUGAAACUCCAGGGCCAAUGUCCAGGGCCUUAUGUGAAAAGGGACAACGAUGAAACAUCUGCAAAAGCGAGCAAGAGUUUAAAACACACAGAGACUUCGGACGGUGAGCACUGGGAGAAACAACAGGAAGCCGAAGGUUAUCCAUGGACAACCCAGAAGUUGGGGAAGUGGGAGAGGCCGGAGGGGCCGAGCUCAGAGGAGCUCCGCUCCUGCAGCAUUGCUAAGCUGCGGGCCAAAGCCAGAGAGCACGAGGCUGAGAUCCACAGCAAUGUAAGCAUGUCAGGAGGCACCAAACAGUCACAAACACAGGAAACUGAUUCCACGCAGAAUGACUGAUCAUUUUCAAUCUUCCUGUUUAUAAAUGAGUUGGAACUUUUGGGGGGAAGUGGAACUUAAAUAUUUAGCCGUCAUUAGCUGAAUAUAUGUAUGUCUAUAUAUUCUGUAAGAUUUUAUAUUGAAAAAUAAAUUUUACAUAAUGUCAAAGUUUAAGGUUUUGGCUUUAUCGUGCAUUCCAACUGACUUUUAACUUUCUUUAUGUUUUCUUGAGCACAUAUACAUAUAUGUAUAUAUAUUUUUACUUACUGAAAAGAUCAUUUUAUUAGAGAUGAUCAUGUCUUUUUAUAUGCUGAAUACAGUUUUAGAUACACCUCAAAUGUGUGUAGUGGCAUCCACUCCCAAUGAAUGGUACAUGCUCUAUGGUGGGGCCUCAACAUGUAACAAUGACAAAUGAUAAAUGUGGACGUCUUAUUGUGUCAGCCUAUCAGGGCAAAACUGAAAUGGGAUACACUCAAGUAAUCUGUAAAUGAUUUCAGCACGACAACCAUCCCUGACCUCUUGGGUUACCUCCACACACAGGCAGGAUGUCUACAUGCAGCCACACGUCCUCACAGGAAACAACGCAAAUAGCUAAAAAAUGAAAUCAUGAAGACUAACUGCAGUAUUUACACUCAUUUAUUAGACAUUUAAUACUAAUUAAUACAACAUUUCUGCUUCAAACUUCAAAUUUACAAAAUCUGCAUUUAUUCAUUUCUGAUGUCGGGUCAAAACUUUACCUCAUGUUUAAUAUUGAGAUUAAAGGAGAUAGCAGUGGUCUACAAUACAUUUAAAAGCUUUGUUCAUAUUUGCAUAUUAGCGCUUGCGAGAGGGGUGGGAUGGUUUGGUUCUCUUUGGAACCUUCAGGUGUUUUUGGAUCAACAAUACCUGUUGUUUAUACUAAUUCCUCUGUACUAUAAUUACAGUCUAUUUAUUUAGUAUUAGGAAAUUGUGCUCUGAUGUGCUGAAUCACACACACAAGUGUGGAAAGAUAUGUGCUCUGUGCCUCCUUAAUUGUUCCUGCUUCACCUAAACUUCUAGAUUUUAAAGAUACUAAUUAUGUUAUGUGUGCCUUGUUUAUAGAGUUGACCACAGGUUGAAAGCGGCAUGAUAACAGUGUGACACUGCCCCCUUCUGGGCUUCAAUACGUCUUUAGACAGGACAGGGCAACAAACAUUGUCUUUUUUUUGUUUGUUUGUUUUUUUACAUGUACCGACUGAAUGCGUUUUUUAUUUUUUUUUAUUUUACUGUAACGUAUUGAAACUUUUUUUUUUAAAUUGUUGUCUACAAUAGUUUUAGACUUUGCUUUCAUAUUCUGAGUCACCCUGUGUCAAUUAAUAAACAAUUCAUGUCUUACAGUAAUUGUGACAUGUAUCGAUGAUGAGGUCA